GAAUGUUUGCAUGCUGCUUUCCGAUACAAAGAGCCGCCUCCAAGUGGCUGGCUUUGAGCAAAGGAACCAGGCGAGGGUUCCCUGUCCCGAAGGGGCUCUCGGUCUAGGCAAAGGCACCCCCGUGUGAAGGAGAAGGUGCUGGGCUGAAGAGGGACUGGGGAGACACCUCUCUGACAGGCUGCAUGCCACCGGAGGCUCACAGUCUGAAAAGAAACACAAAGGGAGUCCCACAUCAGCAGGGCUGAGAAGGAUGCUGUGCUGAGCAGGCUCCCUCCCUGCUGAAGAUGAGAGCGAGAGCCAGCCACCACUUCAGAUGUUGGCAGCAGGAGUCCAUGCAAAAUGCAUGAUAUGGAAUCCACCGCUCUGAGUGGUGCAUCACAGCACGACUGCUGGGAUGGCCCCUGGUUUUGAUGACUCAAACAAGGCAAUGGGACAAAUUCUUGGAAAGGGAACGGAAUGGUGCCUAAACGUGGCAACAAAGUGGGACCUCCAUGUGCAGAGGCAGCAAGGCAGCUGGCUGGCCACUGUGGGAAACGGGAUGCUGGAACAGAGUCCAUUGACCUGAAGAAGCCCAUUGACAAGCGCAUCUACAAGGGGACGCAGCCCACUUGCCAUGACUUCAACCAGUUCACGGCGGCUUCAGAAAGCAUCUCACUGCUGGUUGGCUUCUCAGCUGGGCAGGUGCAGUACCUGGACCUCAUCAAGAAGGACACCAGCAAGCUCUUCAAUGAGGAGAGGCUGAUUGACAAGACCAAGGUGACCUUUGUGAAGUGGAUCCCUGAGACAGAGAGCCUCUUCCUGGCCUCCCACGCCAGCGGCCACCUGUACCUCUACAACGUGGAACACCCUUGUGGCUCCGCCUCGCCCCAGUACAACCUCCUUAAGCAAGGGGAGGGCUUCACUGUCUACACUUGCAAGAGCAAGAGUGCCCGCAACCCCUUGCUGAAGUGGGCGGUGGGUGAGGGGGCUCUGAACGAGUUUGCCUUCUCCCCCGAUGGCCGCUACCUGGCUUGUGUCAGCCAAGACGGCUGCCUGCGCGUCUUCCACUUUGACUCCAUGCUGCUGCAAGGGAUGAUGAAGAGUUACUUUGGGGGUCUGCUGUGCGUCUGCUGGAGCCCUGACGGGCGCUACAUCGUCACAGGUGGCGAGGACGACCUGGUGACGGUCUGGUCCUUUGCCGAGGGCCGGGUCAUCGCCAGGGGCCACGGCCACAAGUCGUGGGUCAACGCCGUGGCUUUUGACCCCUUCACCACCAGCACGGAGGACGACGAGAGCGGGGAGUUCAGCGGCAGCGACGAUGACCUCCAGGACUCGGCCCACUUUGGCAGGGUGCGGACCAGCAGCACCCUGUCCCACCUCUCCAAGCACAGCACCAAAAGCACCCCGUCGGUGACGUACCGCUUUGGCUCUGCCGGCCAGGACACCCAGUUCUGCCUUUGGGACCUGACGGAAGACGUCCUGUACCCUCACCACCCGCUCUCCCGGGCCCGAACACUCACAAACACCUUCAGUGCCAGCAUUCCCCCCUCGGGGAGCGGCGGGAGCAACCUGGCCGCCGAGUCAGGCGGAGGUGCCCUGCCCCGCUCGCUGUCGCGCUCCAACAGCCUGCCCCACCCAGCGGUCACCAGUGCCGCCAAGAGCCACCUGGCCGACGGCGCGGUGCCCUUCAGCAUCGGCAAGUUUGCCACCCUGACCUUGCAGGAGCGGAAGGAUAAGAACGCCGAGAAAGAGCACAAGCGCUACCACAGCCUGGGCAACAUCAGCAAGAGCAAUGACAAGCUGAACGUGGUGCCCAAGAGCAAGCCGGACACGGCCAAGGUCCUGGGCACGGCCCUGUGCCCCCGCAUCAACGAAGUCCCCCUCUUGGAGCCCCUGGUCUGCAAAAAGAUCGCCCACGAGAGGCUGACCGUCUUGCUCUUUCUGGAGGACUGCAUCAUUACCGCUUGCCAGGAGGGUCUCAUCUGCACAUGGGCCAGGCCAGGGAAAGCGACUCUGAACUCUCAGAAUGGCGGCUCUCCAAGUGGCACAGUAGUAUAACCCGGCGUUGACUCUCGGUCACUGGCUGAUCUCCUCGCAGGUAUCUCUGGCUCCUUGCCCUGCCAAGGAGGCCGCUUGGCCAAGACAGCGAAGCUCUCCACCUCCUUACUGUCUGCUGUAUGUACAGGUUGUUUCCUUCCUCCUCGCCUACGACACUAACUGUAUGCAAAGAGAGACACUAACAGAGUUAAUAUAUUGAGACCUUCUAUGUAGCACAGGAACCCUUUGCACUUCUCAGCUAUUUAAAGUAUUAAAUUAACAAACCACAUUUCAAGCCGAGAGCCUAGCACAGGCCGCUGGAGAGGCAGAUUUUGCACAAGGGUGAACUGGGCCGACCUCCCCGCUCCCAUCCCCCCUCCCCAGGAUAGGGGUUCCAAGCUGCCUUUCAGCUGUGCUGCCCUGCACUUGACCACGCCUGUCUGGAGUUUCUUCUGCCCCAGCUCAGCUUCUGGAAGAAAGCAGAAGCAAUCCAUUUUUUGCACAGGGAAAAUCAUACACACACACACACACACACACACACACACAUACACACACACCCCAGUUCACAAAGGAAGGAACCCUGUCUCUUGCCCGCCCCCGCCCCCCACUUCCCUUAUUUUUAAACUGUAUUUCAGUUUAAUUUUUGUCUGUAUGUUGCACAAGCUUCCCCAAUUCUUCUGCUGACUUGAGGGGACAGAAACACACCCCUGCCCAGCAGGGAGUCUUUCCAGCCUCCAGCAGCACACACGAGCCACGCCGCGCAGCCAACUGGUUCUCCAGCGAGAGAGUGCUCAGCGCUCCAGAUCCAACAUGACACUGCCCGGGAGUUCCUACCAUCCUCAUUUGCCGACAUCGUUUCUCAGCAUUGGGCCCCAGGAAGCUGUCCCUCUGCUUUGCUCUGCUUUCCGCCUCCUCAAGUCAUCCAAAUACUUCUCUCCAGUUCUCUAAGAAACGAAACGGACUCUUCUCUGAACUGGCUGGUCCUUGAACCUGAAGGCAGUUUGCAGGCAACUGUCCCUCUGGUUCCCCACCGCUUUCUCCCAGGGGUCUGCCUCUUGCCUGGAGCUGCCGGCGGCAUUGUGGCCUCCACAGCCCUGGUUAGAUUUCCCUGUCCUCUUUCCUUUGUUUCUCCCCUCCAGGUCAGACAUAGGCAUGUGCUCCGUCUGUCUGACACAUCCAUGCAAAUAUUAGAUAGCCAGCUAGCCUUGAGCCUGGGUUGCCAGCCCUGGACUGGAAGAAUGAAAUCGGUUGGCCAUUUCUGCCGCUUGUGAACAAAACUUGUAAAGUUUUGAACCCUUGGUUUUGAAGAAACCUUCACGGGUUGAGCUACAGGAACAGCGGCUGGCCCCUUUUCAAUAUAGGCUUCAGAUGGACCCUUCACAGUAAGUAAAACCAGCUGUCGCCAUGGGAUACUGGGGCAGAAUCGCCAGCGUGGCUGCAGAGCUCAUCUGCCCAAGACAGAUGGUUGCCUGCAUUGCUCAGCUUGGGCUCAGUGGCUUUCCUCUCAUGGAUGUGGCUAGUGGUUGCUGCGAGCAGGAAAUGAGGUUCUUAGGAUUGGACACCGUCUAUAUUCGCCAGCAGAGCUUGGACUCCGUGACAUAGAAGAGCCACUUCUGCAUCUUGGUGGCCUGGCCUGGCCGUGGGGAGCCUCCUGAGUCCAUUUCUUAGGUCUGGUCUGGUCAGGUUUGGGCUGUCAUGGACUCCGCUUUGACGACGAAGCCUUCAGAAGCUGAUUUCCGUAGAAAUCGACACAGGGGUCCAGCAGAGUAUCAGUCAUAGGUGACUUUAAUCCAGUAGACGGCCAUUUUACGACCCAAUGUCCCUAUUGGUUUCAAGGGCAGUUUUAAAAGCUGUGAAAACACAAAAUACAGGAGUUGCAUCAGCUCAGUGGGCAAAGAGUGGUUGGUUUGAGUAGGAUUGACAACCGCCAACAAGCUUUUGAGAGGAGCCCUUGACUUCUGCUUUUACUUCUGCUUCUGCAUAUGCUCACCCCGAGGAAAUGCCUCUGCUUGACAGCAGUGGUAGCGAAGAGCAGUUUUGUCUCAGGUGCAGGGUGGGGCGUGCGGAGAGGCCCGGCUGGGCCACGUGGUCACACUGGCCAUUCCAUUCCUCCCUGUGGGAUCUGUGUCCGGCUGCCAUUUCUUGCCUCGGCGACCCUUUAUUUGGGGCUGGAGGGGAAAGAGCGUGGCUUGACAGGUACACGAAACAUUUCGGCGGCAGCAGCCCUGAGACAUCCCCUCUUGCCCUCCCCUAGUUGGUGUCUUCCCCAAGGCUGUUGAGGGAAGGAGAUCCACGCCCCCAGGGGACUCAGCUGAGCAGCUGCCCGUUGGCUGCCUUGAGGCCUGAGAGCACCCUGUGAGUUUAGCACCCAUUCUGGAGCAAAGCUGGGGGUUUGGGGAGACCAACCGUGGGCUGAGCUGGGACGACUGGACUCUUCUGGAGGUUGCCUGCAGCGGCGAAUGUCGAAAGCAGGAAGGCUCUCUGGGCUCAGCCGCUGGGUUCAGAAGGCCCCCUCCCUUGAAACGAGAAGCUCUUCCCCGGCAUCCCAGGUGCAUUUGUAGGCCGGCGCUUUUGGCAGUGGUUUGGGGGAGUGGACCCCCGGUGUGCUCAUCAGUGGUGGCGGCGGCGGCAGCGGCGGCAGCAACGCCACAUGAUGGGGGCUUGAGCCCUGGCAUUACCGGAACUUGGUUGUGGCAAGUCCCACUCAGACAAAGCUGUGAGCGCCUGGGCUCCUCACAAGUCUCCAUCUUUCCUUCUCCGCCAAGCCUCUGAGAGACAAGACUCUGACACCUGGGACCCAUCUGUGUGUCUCCUCCAUCUCCCGCUUCUCAUCAUGCAGAAUUUGGCCCCGCUGCCAGAGAGACCCUCCCCCACUGGGGUGUAUCAGCGCCUCUCGCAGAGGUGGACUUAACACCAUGGGACUGCUCCCUUCCCCCAGGAAAAAAAGCCAUACUGGGUCCAGACCCACUGAACACAGCUUGCGUCUGCUUCAUCCCAGUCUGGCAAGAGCAACCAGGGGAGCAAGGGAGGAACUGGCUUCGUUUCAGCUCUGCUCGGAUCCUUUGUGACGGGACUCCAGCACCUCGGAGAACAGUAUUGGAUUUUGCUCUGUGCAUCUCACACACACACACCCACCCCGCUCCUGCCCUCACCCCAAUGCAUGUCGCCCUCGCACUCCCUGCGGCCUAUGCCUGCCAGCUGGUGUCUGGCAGCCUGACACCCCCCACUGUCUCCCCAAGUCUGCAGAACACCAUGCCUGGAAGCUGCCGGUGCGCCUCCCCCCCUGCCCCCCCGUGCCUUCGUCACUUUACUACCUGCUCUAAACAUUUGUUACUGUUGUGUCCAAAAAGUGUUUAAAUUAUAGAAUUGUGAACUCUUAUUUAUACUAAAGAGACUGUUUUCACACCCCA